AUGGUUACCAAAGCUGACAUUAUUGGAAGCACACUAGGCCUGUCGAUGUUCCGGUGGCUGGAGGUGCUGGAGAAGGAGUUCGACAAGGCCUUCGUGGACGUGGACCUGCUCUUGGGCGAGAUCGACCCGGACCAGGCAGACAUCACUUACGAGGGGAGGCAGAAGAUGACCAGCCUCAGCUCCUGCUUCGCGCAGCUCUGCCACAAGGCGCAGACCGUCUCCCAGAUCAACCACAAGCUGGAGGCUCAACUAGUGGACCUGAAAUCGGAACUGACAGAAACACGGGCUGAGAAAGCAGUAUUAGAAAAGGAGGUGCAUGACCAGCUACUGCAACUGCAUGCUAUUCAGCUUCAACUCCAUGCCAAGACCGGUCAGAAUGUUGACUCAGGUGCAAUAAAGGCAAAAUUGGAGAGAGAACUUGAAGCCAACAAGAAAGAAAAAGUAAAAGAAGCUCAGCUUGAGGCUGAAGUGAAGCUACUUAGGAAGGAGAACGAGGCACUUCGUCGACACAUAGCCGUGCUCCAAGCUGAAGUAUAUGGGGCAAGACUUGCAGCCAAAUACUUAGAUAAAGAGCUAGCAGGAAGGGUUCAGCAGAUUCAAUUGCUAGGUAGAGAUAUGAAAGGACCUGCUCAUGAUAAACUCUGGAACCAACUUGAGGCUGAAAUCCACCUGCAUCGGCACAAAACAGUGAUCAGAGCAUGUCGUGGUCGCAAUGACCUAAAGCGACCCUUGCAGGCACCUCCAGGACAUAAUCCAGAUUCCCUAAAGAAGACCCAAGGUGUUGGUCCAAUCCGAAAAGUACUCUUGGUUAAAGAAGAUCAUGAAGGACUGGGCAUUUCAAUUACCGGUGGAAAGGAACAUGGCGUUCCCAUCUUAAUCUCUGAAAUUCACCCUGGUCAGCCUGCUGACCGUUGUGGAGGUCUGCACGUUGGAGAUGCCAUCCUGGCAGUAAAUGGAGUUAAUUUGAGGGAUGCCAAACAUAAAGAAGCAGUCACCAUUCUUUCCCAGCAGAGAGGAGAAAUUGAAUUUGAAGUUGUAUAUGUUGCUCCAGAAGUAGACUCAGAUGAUGAAAAUGUAGAAUAUGAAGAUGAGAGUGGGCAUCGUUAUCGUUUGUAUCUUGAUGAAUUGGAGGAAGGAGGAAACUCUGCUUCUUGUCGAAAAGAUGGAAGUGGAGAUGUCAAGCCUUUGCAGGUGUUUGAUAAGAAAGCAAGUAUUGAUGGUCAUGAAAAUGGAGAUCUAGGAAAUUCUGUGGAAACUGAAGAGACUGUAUCUAAACUAGCACAUUCUGCUGAGAGCUUAGCUUAAAAUCCCAACCUCCCAAUUCAUCAGUGGGAUCAAUCUUUUCCACAAAAUGAGUUGUGUAGACUGUUUUGUUCCAUGGUAUAACUGUCAUAGAGAGAUGCAAAGAAGGACUGCUAAAAGGUAAAAGGAAGCUGUGUUAGUAUUGCCUGGAAAAAUAACCCUAAUCUUUUGGUUACCUCAGGGCUUCAUUAUGAGCAACUCUAAAUGUGUAAAUUUCCCACUUUUCUAAGAUAUUGCAUGUCAGGCGAAUUUCCAUGAACUGUAAACACCAAAGCAUGUUGUUUCCAAAUGAUUUUCUUUUCUUUAACUUUGGAUGAUGUUUGUGAUGCAAGGUCCAGAAUGACAGUGAAGAACAUGAACACUUGAUUCCUCUGACAAAUAGCAGCAUCAAAGCAUCCCAUUCGUUUGCUAGUGAAAUAGCCUUCAAAUAUCAUAUGGAAAGGGGGAGGGGAGCUGUUCAGUAAUGUAUGCCUACCUAGCUAGUUGUUUUAAAAUACACUUUGCAAAAAAGGUGAACAGCAAAAAGUCAUUUCAGAUUUUCACAGAAGGCAGUAAGUGUUUUGUAUUAAACAUCAUACAUAUGCAACGUGUUUAGUAAAAAUUGUGAGUUAAAUCUCUGGAUUGGGUCUUUGUAAUCUAUUAAGGAGAUGCGUGUCUCAUAUAUCUCCUUUAAUUUUAUUGCCAAUCAAUGCUGGAUUUGAUGUAUUCUCCAGGAAUAUUGAAAAAAGAAUACUUAAUUUUUAAAUGCAACAAUAAGUGUAAAAUUAGCUGCUGGAAUUAAGUCUGCCCUCAAGUGUUGUAUCAGCUUAACAUACAGUUGGUAUGAUUGGGUGUGUACCAUUUUGUCCAAGCUGAGGUAUGUUACAUUCUAAUACCUGUCUUUCCCAUUGCACAGUGCAUUAGUGCUGUCAUAUGUAAUGUUGUUUUAAAGAGCUUAGUGGACUUGGACUUCAGAAAGUCUGCAAACAUGGGGCUCAUGCUAAGUCUGGUAGCAUUGGAGCUCCUCAUCUGGCUUUUCCACCUGUGGGUGACUGGAAAAGUUGCUGGCGUUGAAGUAUAAAUGCCUUUUUGAAUAAAUUCUUAGUGGUAAUUCACAGGGAAUAUUCUUCAUAAGCACUUAUAAAGGCACUUUUUUUUUUUACUUCUCCCAUAACUUUUCCAGCAUGAUAAGAUGGGGGAAGGGCCCUACUGGAAAUGAUGACUACUGGACAUUCUUUUUAAAGCUUAUACCAGUUUGCAGGAAGGGGUUGUGCCGGCUUCUGCCUUUCAUUAAAAAGCGAGGGCUCGGAAGUUGGGAGAUUCUUUUAACCCUGGAGGGUUUCCACACAGGCCAGAGCACUGGUUUCUGGUUCUGGCUUUCUUGGAGAGCUCACAGGACUUGAGGACUUUCUUCUUCAGGCCUAUUGCUUUUUUCUAUGAGCAGAAUGAUGACAGAUGGGCCAAGAGGAAGAUGCCCCUGUUUGGAUUGUGUGGGUUUAGCCCUCAAAAAGAAUAUCUGAAGAUGGUCAUUGUGUAUCCUGAAUCCAUGGCUAAAUAGCUAUCCAACAGUUUCAUCACAAGAUUAAUCCUCCCACUAUUUCACCUACUUUUUGAAAAAAACUGACAGCACAAUUUACUGGUUUAAAACUCCUGCCAGUGGCACUAAUUGUAUGCGAUGCCAGUUGCCUGUAGGGUCUAGUCUUAUCAUUAACAGAGAACUACUAGUUUCUCGGAACAAGAAUGUAAUGACAUAGUGCUAUCAUCUGCUAGGAACCUAUUAAGACCUUUGGCAGUCCCUGCAGUUAGAGCCAUUGUGGGAGAAAUUCUCCAGCUAUAAUUGUGGGGCAGCAGUUAUUCAUUCCAGCCAUAAAUGUAAUUCCUGCCUUGCUGUCAGUGACUCAUACAUUGCUAUAUUAAAAGGGCCAUAAGACUUGGCCUUAAAUGAAUGAGAAACAGUUGCAUUCAGUAUAGGACUGUGCAGAAUCAGGCACCAAAUGUGUUAAAACUACAAUGGUCCUAGUACUUAUAAGAUAUUCUUAAAGAAUCCUAAAUAUUGUGAAAUAGUUAUACAUUUGUGGGCCCAAGGCAUUUUUGAAUGCAUUGACGCUGAGAUGGUGGUCUUGGAUAAGUUCAUCUACUGCUUUGUGUAUGUGUGUGUGUAUGUGCGUGUGUGUAUAAGUAAG